AAACUCCCGUGUUUAGUGACAGCUCCAUUUGUACAGUAAGAUGACAUCUCUCUCGGGGUCACAUGACACACUCCUUACAGUAAAAUACCAAUAUGGCAGAAGCGGUGGGUCUUGCGCGGUAACUAAAGCAACAUAACACAGGAGCACACUGUCAAAUUCAACACUAAUCAGUACAAGACCGCAGCGAUGAGGGAGAGACAGAAGAAAAAGAAGGGGAGGACAUGGGCAGAAGCUGCUAAAACGGUAUUGGAAAAGUACCCGAACACACCCAUGAGCCACAAAGAGAUCCUACAGGUGAUCCAGAGGGAGAGACUGAAAGAGAUCAGAAGUGGUACUUCCCCGCUGGCAUGUCUUAAUGCUAUGCUCCACACCAACUCUCGCAGUGACGAAGGGAUCUUUUACAAAGUACCUGGGCGAAUGGGGGUCUACACACUGAAGAAGGACAUUGGGGACGUGGUGAAGGAACUGUCUGAGGAGGGGUCAGAGGAGGGGUCGGAGGUGAAGGAGCUGUCUGAGGAGGGGUCGGAGGAGGAUGGUAGUGAUAAUCUGUCUGAUUCCCAGAGAAGCACAGAGAACAACAACUACAACGCUAACAACCAGGAGGGCAGGAGGGGACGGUGGAGGAGGAGAGGGCCCUCCAAGCUGCCGCCUGAUCCGUUGUCUCCUCAGCCACGCUGUUCAUCUCCCUCUGUCCCCAGCAGCAAGCUCAUCUCUCCCUCACAGAAACACUGCAAGAAGGCCCUCAAACAGGCCCUGAAGCAGCAGCAGCAGAGGAACCAGCGGAGACAAGGGGGCAUGCCCACAACCUCCAGCCCUAGACUACUGCUUAAGACUGACACCAUUGCCAGUAAGACCGACUCCUGUCCUGCUGCUGGUACCAGGAAGAUGUCCCAGAGGUCCAGUCGACUGAGUGCACGGCAACUGAAGCGCACCAAGUGUGCAGAGAUAGACGUUGAGACACCAGACUCUAUCCUGGUUAACACCAACCUGCGUGCCCUGAUCAACAAACACACCUUCUCUGUCCUGCCCACAGAGUGCCAAGAGAGGCUACUGACGCUACUGCCUGAGGGCGACCAACAGGCCUGUAUGGAUGGUCUGUUGAAGGUCACCAGUUCUGCCUUAAACAAUGAGUUUUUCACAUCAGCAGCUCAGUCCUGGAAGGAACGACUGGCGGAAGGUGAGUUCACUCCUGAGUUGCAGCUGAGAAUGCGUCAGGAGAUUGAGAAGGGGAAGAAGGUGGAGCAUUGGAAGGAGAGCUUCUUUGAGAACUACUAUGGUGAAAACUCUGGACUCAGCUUAGAGGAAUCCAAAGAGCUGCUUGAGUCUGGUCUCAGUUUGGAGCUCUCAGCCACCAAAGCCCAGUCGUCUCCUCCAUCACAGCCACGUCCUGCUGGCCAAGUACUGCAAGACGCCAAGAUCCCUGCGAACAGCUGCCAGACUCGCUCUUCAGAGAGGAGGCUCCGAUCUUCAUCACUGCCCAUAAACCCGACAUGUAAACCCAUAGAACCUACCAAGUCAAGGCCAGAGCCUGUUCAAGACGAACCAGUAGCAGUCCCACCCGUUGUACUACCGGUGCUGCCAAAGAUCGUUCAGAAGACACUGGAGGUUGAGUACCCCAGACACAGGACUCGUAGUAGAGGUUUAUCCCUACCUAUAGUGGCAGUGGAGGCAGCUCUUUUGCGGAGACAUGAUGUGGUGGAUUCAACCUCAAAGGUUACUCCACUUGGAGACAAGCAGAGGGAGAAAGAUGAGGAACAGGAUUUGAAAGAAGCCCAGCCAGACACCCCCCAGUACCCUGAGAUCCCCCCGUCCCCUGAGCAUCCCCCCGGGUCCCCGCUCCACUCAUCCCUCCCCGUCCCGUCUCCUGAGAUCCCCCCGCUCUCUGAGAUCCCCCCGUCCCCUGAGAUCCCACCAUCCCCUGCCCAGGAGAGUCAUCCAGAGGUCUGCCCCCAGAUGAAGCUCAGUUCAUCACUGCCCAUCGACCUUCCAGAGCCUCUGGGAGUGGACAAGCAUAGUGGGGAGAGGAGGGAAGAUGUUGGCGUUACACCAGAGAGAGGAGCCUCAGCCCCUGUGUCAGUCACCUCUGUAUCCGCCCCUGUACCCACCACCCCUGUACCCACCACCCCUGUACCCACCACCCCUGUACCCACCACCCCAUCCCCAGAGCCGUUGAAAAGGAAGUCCUUGUCCAGUGAACAGGAAGUAGAGCUGACUCCAGAGAAGAGGGCCCGCAUCACUCCACCAGCAGUAUCUGUGGUAACCUCUCCAGCAGCCACAGUAACAACAGCAGAGAGAGUGCCCCCGCUUCAGAUUACUGUGUCGCGAAUCCUAUCAGUCCCAGUCCUUGCAUCUCCAACCCAGGUGUCCCCCAGGACCCCUCUCCCUGUCUCCCUCAGUCCCAGUCCCAGCCCUAGUCCUAGCCCCGGACGCAUUGGUGCUCGCACUCUGGCUGACAUCAAGGCUAAAGCCCAGCUAGCCCGGACCCAACGUGCAGCAGCAGCUGCAGCGAGCUCCUUCUCUAAAGGUGCAGUACCAGGCCCAGGACCAGGAGGAGGCAGUGAAGAGCAAGGAAACCAUAGAGCUUCAGCUCAGACCCUCCACUCCAGACCCUCCUCCUCCACCCAAAGCUCCACCCAAUCUCAGUCAACCACCAAGCUGCCAGCAAGCCUCACCAUUGGUCAAUCUACCUGUCAAUCACCCGAUGCAUUCACCACACUAGCCCACUCCCGUUCUGUCCAAUCAGGCUCCUCUGUGCCCUUUGACCUUAGCCUGUCUCAAAGAGGCUCCAACACCAGCAGAGCGUCUCUCACUGAUGACCGACAGAGAGGCUACUCUGCUGGUAACAUGAGCCCAGGUUUUCUGAUGGGGCCUCAACAUGGGAACAGUCAACAUACAUCACACCCAUCAGGUCCCCAGUCAACCUCUAGCCUCACUUCAUCUGUGUGUGGUGUGAAGAGCCAGUAUGUAUCUGGAGGCUCCAUGGCAGCCAGGGCUAGCCACUUCAUCCCAGCCAACAACCCCCUGGUCACAUCUCUCCUCCAGGGGAAAGAGGUUCCUCUGGAACAGAUCCUCCCCAAGCCGCUGGCCAAGGCAGAGGUCCAGGUGGCCCAGACCAAACCCUCCCAUGAUGACAAAUGGAAGAUAAAGUCCCACAGCACAGCCGGGACAGCCAGUGGUGAAAGCCAGAGUCAGUACCUACACUCUGGUGGUGUGGAGGACAACAGUAGAUCCAAACAGCAAGGAUCCAUAGGCCGCUCCCCCUCUGCCAUACCUGGAACAAGAGCAGGUAAGUUGGCAGAGCUCCAGCACCAUCAAAGGGAAACACCUAACAAAGACAUCCAGGAGCAGAUCCUCAGGGCUCUGAUGCAGAGGGCCACCCAGCAGCACCAGCACCAGCCGUAUGGGGUCUCAGGCGAGGCUCAGCGUGCCCAGUUUGGAGCCUGCAAUCUAGGGCACCAGGAGGAGUGUGGGGAUCGUCCCCGGUUCUCUGCGGGGUUCCCUGGAAGGAAGAGGAUGUCCAGGCCUGCCAUGUCAGGGCACUACCUCCUCAAUGUUUCCACGUACGGACGAGGCUCAGAGAGCAGUAAACGCUCCCACCCAUUGGCUACCGCCAACACCUCACUGACCCCUCUGGCCAAUCUGAAGAGAGAACACACAGAGGGAGAGGAGCUGGCUAACGAAGGGGAGGAGUCAGUGGAGAAUAAGCCUCAUUCUCAUUCUAACUCAGCCGGGGGAGUCAAGAUGGAACAGCAGGGCUUCUCAAUCACAAAAAUGGGUGAAGCUCUGGGCUUUCAGCGCUGUUCCAGGAUAAAGUCUGAGUCUCCAUCAGUGGAGGGCUGUCCACCGGAACGGAAGGACAACAGUUUAGCCAGUACAGAGAGAGACAGUGGCACUUCUGCAAGAGCCAAAGAAACCAACCUUUUCACCCAAUCACAGCACAGGAGGCACCUGGAACUUUGCAAUAGUAAACAGGGUGGUCAUUCUGAGCCAUAUUGGGUAUCUGUAUCUCCCCACGUGGGGACCAUGGACCCCAGUCACCCCAGUACUCACCAGCAUCCGUCUGCCUUUCAAACCCAGAGACCUCCAAUCAAUAAUCAGGAAUCCAUGGUGGGGUCCUGCUACAGUGGCACCAUCAGCAUGUCUGUACCUCACACUCUGAGUCUGAACCACAGUGCUGCUGUUUCAGGUACCGCUUCCAGCACCUCCCUCUCUGUGUCAGGUAGUGGUGGGGACAGCGGCAGUGGCACCGGCAGUGUCAUGUCUUUCUCAGUGACCGUCACUACCAUACCUGCCGGUCACCCUUUGGACCACAUAAACCAGGGGGAGGGGUCUCCAGAGCAGGGGUGUAUGGAGGUAUCUGGUAUAGAGGACGUUCAGUCUAAAUGCUACUGCCGACUCAAAGCUAUGAUCAUGUGUAAAGGGUGUGGGGCCUUCUGCCAUGACGAUUGCAUUGGCCCUUCGAAACUCUGUGUCUCGUGUCUAGUGGUACGAUAAAACUAAUAAUGUUAGAAAUGUAGAAAUGAUUUGUUUCAAAUCUUUAUUGUUGCACCAAGGAAUAAGUUAGCAUCAAGUAAUCUACCAUUGUCAAUAAGUAGUUACCAGCAGGGUUGGGGUCAAUUCGAUUUCAAUUCAGGAAGUAAACUGAUUUGAAUUCCGAUUCUAAUUUUCUCACAGAAAAAAAGGGGAAUUGCAAAGUCAGUUUAUUUCCUGAAUUGAUUAAAUUGAAGUGGGAUUGACCCGAACCAUGGUUACCAGGGUAAAAUGCACAGUGGCCAUACUAAACCCAACCCAUGGUUUUCAGUGGGGAGGCAAAGCAUUUACGCUAGACGAUCAUAGUCUUGUUUAAUCUGUUCCAUCUGAGAAAGACUGGUUUGUUUUGGGCAAUUCACAGUAGUAGUUUUGUUUUGAACUGUUCAAAUCAAAUCUGCACCUUUCAGACUUGAGACAUGUUGAAUCUUGGCAAUACUUUGCACUUGGACAUGUUAGUGUUCUAUAUUUUUGUAAAGAUAGUUUAGAUUUUUAAAA